AUGUUGUCCGGUAGAGGCGGCACCAAAAUCAUUACAUCCGAGAUUCUGUCACGUCUGGAUUUCGUGGAGAUCACUCUACUCUCUUGUGCGAUUAUAGUUGGACAACCCUUACUCGACCGCCAGACGUCCAAAAUUUGGACAAAGAGAGAGAAAAAGGCUUUUCGUCGCAACGAUGGCGUGGGUCUAUUAUCAGUUUUGGGUGAAAUCCUAGGUGGAUGGGAGCAACUCUUAAAGUUCCUCGUUCACGAGGUGGAUAUAUGGCGGCCCGAGGCGUGUUGUAACAUGGUUUGGGAGGCAGGUCAUCAAGAUGGCACCUAUUUGGAAUCGCUGGCAGAUCUCGAGCAUAGAAAUCGACAUCGCAUUUUUAAGGCGACAAGGAUGGAACUACAAAUCCCGAUAUGUUUUCAAGUAGGAUCUAAUGGAUUGUAUACUGAAUGUAUUGUUUGA